AUGACGGUACCUUGCAGUGACGUAACACUUGUCACUGCAUCAGGGAAUGACGCACUAUCUGUUGACGGUGUUGGUGCAUCAGUAGAUGUACCAGGCAGUGAUAUAAUACUUAUGACUGUACCUUGCAGUGACGUAACACUUGUCACUGCAUCAGGGAAUGACGCAACAUCUGUUGGUACACCUGGCAGUGUUAUAACACUUGUGACUGUACCAUAUACUGUUGUAACACUUGUAGCUGCACCAGGGAAUGAAAUAAAACCUGUGGCUGUACCAAGCAGUGAUGUAACACCUGUGACUGCAACAGGCACCUGUGUUACAGCUGUGAUUGUGCUAGGCACUGUUGGUACAUCAGUGGAUGUACCAGGCAGUGAUAUAACACUUACGACUGUACCUUGCAGUACCGUAACACUUGUAACUGCACCAGGGAAUGACGCAACAUCUGUUGGUACACCUGGCAGUGUUAUAACACUUGUGACUUUACCAUACACAGUUGUAACACUUGUAGCUGCACCAGGGAAUGAAAUAACACCUGUGACUGUACCAUGCAAGGUAGUUAAGUCUGUUACUGUACCAGGCAGUGAUAUAACACUUACGACUGUACCUUGUAGUGACGUAACACUUGUAACUGCCCCAGGGAAUGACGCAACAUCUGUUGGUACACCUGGCAGUGUUAUAACACUUGUGACUGUACCAUACACUGUUGUAACACUUGUAGCUGCACCAGGGAAUGAAAUAACACCUGUGCCUGUGCCAGGCAGAGAUGUUACACUUGUGACUGUACUAGGCAGUGAUGUUAUACCGGUGAAUGUACCGGGCAGUGAUAUGACACUUACGAUGGUACCUUGCAGUGACGUAACACUUGUAACUGCCCCAGGGAAUGACGCAACAUCUGUUGGUACACCUGGCAGUGUUAUAACACUUGUGACUGUGCCAUACACUGUUGUAACACUUGUAGCUGCACCAGGGAAUGAAAUAACACUUGUGCCUGUACCAAGCAGUGAUGUAACACCUGCGACUGCAACAGGCACCUGUGUUACAGCUGUGAUUGUGCUAGGCGGUGUUGGUACAUCAGUGGAUGUACCAGGCAGUGAUAUAACACUUACGACUGUACCUUGCAGUGACGUAACACUUGUAACUGCCCCAGGGAAUGACGCAACAUCUGUUGGUACACCUGGCAGUGUUAUAACACUUGUGACUGUACCAUACACUGUUGUAACACUUGUAGCUGCACCAGGGAAUGAAAUAACACCUGUGCCUGUGCCAGGCAGAGAUGUUACACUUGUGACUGUACUAGGCAGUGAUGUUAUACCGGUGAAUGUACCGGGCAGUGAUAUGACACUUACGAUGGUACCUUGCAGUGACGUAACACUUGUAACUGCCCCAGGGAAUGACGCAACCUCUGUUGGUACACCUGGCAGUGUUAUUACACUUGUGACUGUACCAUAUACUGUUGUAACACUUGUAGCUGCACCAGGGAAUGAAAUAACACCUGUGCCAGUGCCAGGCAAAGAUGUUACACUUGUGACUGUACUAGGCAGUGAUGUUAUACCGGUGAAUGUACCGGGCAGUGAUAUGACACUUACGAUGGUACCUUGCAGUGACAUAACACUUGUCACUGCAUCAGGGAAUGACACAACAUCUGUUGGUACACCUGGCAAUGUUAUAACACUUGUGACUGUACCAUACACUGUUGUAACACUUGUUGCUGCUCCAAGGAAUGUGGUUAUACCACCUGUGACUGUUCCAGGCACUGAUGUAACACUUGUGACUACACCAGGGAAUGAUGUAACACCUGGCAGUGAUAUAACACUAGUUACAGUGCCAUGUAAUGAUGUAACACUUGUAAUUGCACCAGGAAAUGAUGUAACACCUGGCAGUGAUAUAACACUAGUUACAGUGCCAUGUAAUGAUGUAACACUUGUGACUGCAUCAGGAAAUGAUGUAACACCUGUGACUGUUCCAGGCAGCAGUGAUGUUGCACCUGUGUCUGUUCCAGACACUGAUGUUACACCUGUGACUGUUCCAGGCAGCAGUGAUGUUGCACCUGUGACUGUUCCAGUCAGUGAUGUUAGAACUGUGACUGUUCCAGGCAGUAAUGUUGCACCUGUGACUGUUCCAGGCAGUGAUGUUGCACCUGUGGGUGUUCCAGGCAGUGAUAUAACACUUACGACUGUACCUUGUAGUGACGUAACACUUGUAACUGCCCCAGGAAAUGACGCAACAUCUGUUGGUACACCUGGCAGUGUUAUAACACUUGUGACUGUACCAUACACUGUUGUAACACUUGUAGCUGCACCAGGGAAUGAAAUAACACUUGUGCCUGUACCAAGCAGUGAUGUAACACCUGCGACUGGAACAGGCACCUGUGUUACAGCUGUGAUUGUGCUAGGCGGUGUUGGUACAUCAGUGGAUGUACCAGGCAGUGAUAUAACACUUACGACUGUACCUUGCAGUGACGUAACACUUGUAACUGCCCCAGGAAAUGACGCAACAUCUGUUGGUACACCUGGCAGUGUUAUAACACUUGUGACUGUACCAUACACUGUUGUAACACUUGUAGCUGCACCAGGGAAUGAAAUAACACCUGUGCCUGUGCCAGGCAGAGAUGUUACACUUGUGACUGUACUAGGCAGUGAUGUUAUACCGGUGAAUGUACCGGGCAGUGAUAUGACACUUACGAUGGUACCUUGCAGUGACAUAACACUUGUCACUGCAUCAGGGAAUGACACAACAUCUGUUGGUACACCUGGCAAUGUUAUAACACUUGUGACUGUACCAUACACUGUUGUAACACUUGUUGCUGCUCCAAGGAAUGUGAUUGUACCACCUGUGACUGUUCCAGGCACUGAUGUAACACUUGUGACUACACCAGGGAAUGAUGUAACACCUGGCAGUGAUAUAACACUAGUUACAGUGCCAUGUAAUGAUGUAACACUUGUAACCGCACCAGGAAAUGAUGUAACACCUGGCAGUGAUAUAACACUAGUUACAGUGCCAUGUAAUGAUGUAACACUUGUAACUGCAUCAGGAAAUGAUGUAACACCUGUGACUGUUCCAGGCACUGAUGUUGCACCUGUGUCUGUUACAGACAGUGAUGUUGCACCUGUGUCUGUUCCAGGCAGCAGUGAUGUUGCACCUGUGACUGUUCCAGGCACUGAUGUUGGAUCUGUGACUGUUCCAGGCACUGAUGUUGCACCUGUGACUAUUCCAGGCAGUGAUGUUGCACCUGUGACUGUUCCAGGCAGUGAUGUUGCACCUGUGACUGUUCCAGGCACUGAUGUUGGAUCUGUGACUGUUCCAGGCACUGAUGUUGCACCUGUGACUGUUCCAGGCAGCAGUGAUGUUGCACCUGUGUCUGUUCCAGGCACUGAUGUUACACCUGUAACUGUUCCAGGCAGCAGUGAUGUUGCAUCUGUGUCUGUUCCAGGCAGUGAUAUUACACCUGUGACUGUUCCAGGCAGCAGUGAUGUUGCACCUGUGACUGUUCCAGUCAGUGAUGUUAGAACUGUGACUGUUCCAGGCAGUAAUGUUGCACCUGUGACUGUUCCAGGCAGUGAUGUUGUACCUGUGGGUGUUCCAGGCAGUGAUAUAACACUUACGACUGUACCUUGUAGUGACGUAACACUUGUAACUGCCCCAGGAAAUGACGCAACAUCUGUUGGUACACCUGGCAGUGUUAUAACACUUGUGACUGUACCAUACACUGUUGUAACACUUGUAGCUGCACCAGGGAAUGAAAUAACACCUUGUGCCUGCACCUGUGUUACAGCUGUGAUUGUGCUAGGCGGUGUUGGUACAUCAGUGGAUGUACUAGGCAGUGAUAUAACACUUACGACUGUACCUUGCAGUGACGUAACACUUGUAACUGCCCCAGGAAAUGACGCAACAUCUGUUGGUACACCUGGCAGUGUUAUAACACUUGUGACUGUACCAUACACUGUUGUAACACUUGUAGCUGCACCAGGGAAUGAAAUAACACCUGUGCCUGUGCCAGGCAAAGAUGUUACACUUGUGACUGUACUAGGCAGUGAUGUAAUACCGGUGAAUGUACCGGGCAGUGAUAUGACGCUUACGAUGGUACCUUGCAGUGACAUAACACUUGUCACUGCAUCAGGGAAUGACACAACAUCUGUUGGUACACCUGGUAAUGUUAUAACACUUGUGACUGUACCAUACACUGUCGUAACACUUGUUGCUGCUCCAAGGAAUGUGAUUGCACCACCUGUGACUGUUCCAGGCACUGAUGUUACACCUGUCACUGUUCCAGGCACUGAUGUUACACCUGUCACUGUUCCAGGCACUGAUGUAACACCUGUCACAGUUCCAGGCACUGAUGUUACACCUGUCACUGUUCCAGGCACUGAUGUUACACCUGUCACUGUUCCAGGAUCUGUUGUUACACCUGUCACUGUUUCAGGCACUGAUGUUACACCUGUGGCUGUUUCAGGCACUGAUGUUACACCUGUGGCUGUUUCAGGCACUGAUGUUACACCUGUAACUGUUCCAGGCACUGAUGUUAUACCUGUAACUGUUCCAGUCAGUGAAGUUAGAACUGUGACUGUACCAGGCACUGAUGUUACACCUGUGACUGUUUCAGGCACUGAUGUUACACCUGUAACUGUUCCAGGCACUGAUGUAACACCUGUAACUGUUCCAGUCAGUGAUGUUAGAACUGUGACUGUUCCAGGCAGUAAUGUUGCACCUGUGACUGUUCCUGACAGUGAUGUUGUACCUGUGUCUGUUCCAGGCAGUGAUGUUGCCCCUGUGACUGUUCCUGGCAGUGAUGUUGCACCUGUGACUGUUCCAGGCAGCAGUGAUGUUGCCCCUGUGACUGUUCCUGGCAGUGAUGUUGCACCUGUGACUGUUCCAGGCAGCAGUGAUGUUACACCUGUAUCUGUUCCAGGCAGCAGUGAUGUUGCAUCUGUGUCUGUUCCAGGCAGUGAUAUUACACCUGUGACUGUUCCAGGCAGCAGUGAUGUUGCCCCUGUGACUGUUCCUGGCAGUGAUGUUGCACCUGUGACUGUUCCAGGCAGCAGUGAUGUUGCAUCUGUGUCUGUUCCAGGCAGUGAUAUUACACCUGUGACUGUUCCAGGCAGUGAUGUUGCACCUGUGACUGUUCCAGUCAGUGAUGUUAGAACUGUGACUGUUCCAGGCAGUAAUGUUGCACCUGUGACUGUUCCAGGCAGUGAUGUUGUACCUGUGGGUGUUCCAGGCAGUGAUAUAACACUUACGACUGUACCUUGUAGUGACGUAACACUUGUAACUGCCCCAGGAAAUGACGCAACAUCUGUUGGUACACCUGGCAGUGUUAUAACACUUGUGACUGUACCAUACACUGUUGUAACACUUGUAGCUGCACCAGGGAAUGAAAUAACACCUGUGAGUGUACCAAGCAGUGAUGUAACACCUGCGACUGGAACAGGCACCUGUGUUACAGCUGUGAUUGUGCUAGGCGGUGUUGGUACAUCAGUGGAUGUACUAGGCAGUGAUAUAACACUUACGACUGUACCUUGCAGUGACGUAACACUUGUAACUGCCCCAGGAAAUGACGCAACAUCUGUUGGUACACCUGGCAGUGUUAUAACACUUGUGACUGUACCAUACACUGUUGUAACACUUGUAGCUGCACCAGGGAAUGAAAUAACACCUGUGCCUGUGCCAGGCAAAGAUGUUACACUUGUGACUGUACUAGGCAGUGAUGUAAUACCGGUGAAUGUACCGGGCAGUGAUAUGACACUUACGAUGGUACCUUGCAGUGACAUAACACUUGUCACUGCAUCAGGGAAUGACACAACAUCUGUUGGUACACCUGGUAAUGUUAUAACACUUGUGACUGUACCAUACACUGUCGUAACACUUGUUGCUGCUCCAAGGAAUGUGAUUGCACCACCUGUGACUGUUCCAGGCACUGAUGUUACACCUGUCACUGUUCCAGGCACUGAUGUUACACCUGUCACUGUUCCAGGCACUGAUGUAACACCUGUCACAGUUCCAGACACUGAUGUUACACCUGUCACUGUUCCAGGCACUACUGAUGUUACACCUGUCACUGUUCCAGGAUCUGUUGUUACACCUGUCACUGUUUCAGGCACUGAUGUUACACCUGUGGCUGUUUCAGGCACUGAUGUUACACCUGUGGCUGUUUCAGGCACUGAUGUUACACCUGUAACUGUUCCAGGCACUGAUGUUAUACCUGUAACUGUUCCAGUCAGUGAAGUUAGAACUGUGACUGUACCAGGCACUGAUGUUACACCUGUGACUGUUUCAGGCACUGAUGUUACACCUGUAACUGUUCCAGGCACUGAUGUAACACCUGUAACUGUUCCAGUCAGUGAUGUUAGAACUGUGACUGUUCCAGGCAGUAAUGUUGCACCUGUGACUGUUCCUGGCAGUGAUGUUGUACCUGUGUCUGUUCCAGGCAGUGAUGUUGCCCCUGUGACUGUUCCUGGCAGUGAUGUUGCACCUGUGACUGUUCCAGGCAGUGAUGUUGCACCUGUGACUGUUCCAGUCAGUGAUGUUAGAACUGUGACUGUUCCAGGCAGUAAUGUUGCACCUGUGACUGUUCCAGGUAGUGAUGUUGCACCUGUGGGUGUUCCAGGCAGUGAAAUAACACUUACGACUGUACCUGACAAGGACGUAACACUUGUAACUGCCCCAGGGAAUGACGCAACAUCUGUUGGUACACCUGGCAGUGUUAUAACACUUGUGACUGUGCCAUACACUGUUGUAACACUUGUAGCUGCACCAGGGAAUGAAAUAACACUUGUGCCUGUACCAAGCAGAGAUGUAACACCUGUGACUGCAACAGGCACCUGUGUUACAGCUGUGAUUGUGCUAGGCGGUGUUGGUACAUCAGUGGAUGUACCAGGCAGUGAUAUAACACUUACGACUGUACCUUGCAGAGACAUAACACUUGUAACUGCCCCAGGGAAUGACGCAACAUCUGUUGGUACACCUGGCAGUGUUAUAACACUUGUGACUGUACCAUACACUGUUGUAACACUUGUAGCUGCACCAGGGAAUGAAAUAACACCUGUGCCUGUGCCAGUCAGAGAUGUUACACUUGUGACUGUACUAGGCAGUGAUGUUAUACCGGUGAAUGUACCGGGCAGUGAUAUGACACUUACGAUGGUACCUUGCAGUGACGUAACACUUGUAACUGCCCCAGUGAAUGACACAACAUCUGUUGGUACACCUGGCAGUGUUAUAACACUUGUGACUGUGCCAUACACUGUUGUAACACUUGUAGCUGCACCAGGGAAUGAAAUAACACUUGUGCCUGUACCAAGCAGUGAUGUAACACCUGCGACUGGCACAGGCACCUGUGUUACAGCUGUGAUUGUGCUAGGCGGUGUUGGUACAUCAGUGGAUGUACCAGGCAGUGAUAUAACACUUACGACUGUACCUUGCAGAGACAUAAUACUUGUAACUGCCCCAGGGAAUGACGCAACAUCUGUUGGUACACCUGGCAGUGUUAUAACACUUGUGACUGUACCAUACACUGUUGUAACACUUGUAGCUGCACCAGGGAAUGAAAUAACACCUGUGCCUGUGCCAGGCAGAGAUGUUACACUUGUGACUGUACUAGGCAGUGAUGUUAUACCGGUGAAUGUACCGGGCAGUGAUAUGACACUUACGAUGGUACCUUGCAGUGACGUAACACUUGUAACUGCCCCAGGGAAUGACGCAACAUCUGUUGGUACACCUGGCAGUGUUAUAACACUUGUGACUGUGCCAUACACUGUUGUAACACUUGUAGCUGCACCAGGGAAUGAAAUAACACUUGUGCCUGUACCAAGCAGUGAUGUAACACCUGCGACUGCAACAGGCACCUGUGUUACAGCUGUGAUUGUGCUAGGCGGUGUUGGUACAUCAGUGGAUGUACCAGGCAGUGAUAUAACACUUACGACUGUACCUUGCAGAGACAUAACACUUGUAACUGCCCCAGGGAAUGACGCAACAUCUGUUGGUACACCUGACAGUGUUAUAACACUUGUGACUGUACCAUACACUGUUGUAACACUUGUAGCUGCACCAGGGAAUGAAAUAACACCUGUGCCUGUGCCAGGCAGAGAUGUUACACUUGUGACUGUACUAGGCAGUGAUGUUACACCGGUGAAUGUACCGGGCAGUGAUAUGACACUUACGAUGGUACCUUGCAGUGACGUAACACUUGUAACUGCCCCAGUGAAUGACGCAACCUCUGUUGGUACACCUGGCAGUGUUAUAACACUUGUGACUGUGCCAUACACUGUUGUAACACUUGUAGCUGCACCAGGGAAUGAAAUAACACUUGUGCCUGUACCAAGCAGUGAUGUAACACCUGCGACUGGCACAGGCACCUGUGUUACAGCUGUGAUUGUGCUAGGCGGUGUUGGUACAUCAGUGGAUGUACCAGGCAGUGAUAUAACACUUACGACUGUACCUUGCAGAGACAUAACACUUGUAACUGCCCCAGGGAAUGACGCAACAUCUGUUGGUACACCUGGCAGUGUUAUAACACUUGUGACUGUACCAUACACUGUUGUAACACUUGUAGCUGCACCAGGGAAUGAAAUAACACCUGUGCCUGUGCCAGGCAGAGAUGUUACACUUGUGACUGUACUAGGCAGUGAUGUUAUACCGGUGAAUGUACCGGGCAGUGAUAUGACACUUACGAUGGUACCUUGCAGUGACGUAACACUUGUAACUGCCCCAGUGAAUGACGCAACAUCUGUUGGUACACCUGGCAGUGUUAUAACACUUGUGACUGUGCCAUACACUGUUGUAACACUUGUAGCUGCACCAGGGAAUGAAAUAACACUUGUGCCUGUACCAAGCAGUGAUGUAACACCUGCGACUGGCACAGGCACCUGUGUUACAGCUGUGAUUGUGCUAGGCGGUGUUGGUACAUCAGUGGAUGUACUAGGCAGUGAUAUAACACUUACGACUGUACCUUGCAGAGACAUAACACUUGUAACUGCCCCAGGGAAUGACGCAACAUCUGUUGGUACACCUGGCAGUGUUAUAACACUUGUGACUGUACCAUACACUGUUGUAACACUUGUAGCUGCACCAGGGAAUGAAAUAACACCUGUGCCUGUGCCAGGCAAGGGAUGUUACACUUGUGACUGUACUAGGCAGUGA